GAAGAUGUUGGCGAGAGACUGAGAAUCAGUAUUUGUUGUAUUGGUAUAUAUCUGUGUUUGGUUGUAGUGGCACUGAUUCGAAAUAUCAUGUGUUGAAUUAACUUUGAUAUAUGUAGAAAACCUAGUUAUUUCGAAUCAUGCGGACUUGAUUGAAGAGCUUUCUACGCUAUAGGAUUUUCUUAUCCUAGGAUUUGCAGACUGCAGUAUAUGUAACUUCAGCUGGGGUUUCAGUUUGAUGAAGAAGUUUGCUAUUAAUCUGUUCUGUUUGAUUUCCACAUUCUUAUUUGGAGAAGGAAGGCUACUCCAGUUCAGCUCAAUUCCUCUGUUUGAAACUGUGUUUGAACAUUAUUAAUAAAGAAUGGUCUGUAUUUUUUAAUGUUGUCCAACAAUAGGGAUGUUAGGGAAACAAAUGAUGAUACAGUGAUUUGUAAUGGGAUUCAAAUCCAAGGCGUUAGGAACUAGGAUUUUGAUAAUGCCAAAUCCAAAUACCCCUUAGUUUACGUGUGGUGAGAAUUCGAUGGAUAGUAUGUUCGUUUUUAACAAUAGAUGUAGGAAAAACGACCAAUUGACAAGGGAAGGACUACAGUCUGGCUAGGUUUGAAAAUGGAACUGAUCUGUGUAUCUCACAAUGUUGAGUUCAUAAUUUAGUCUGCAAUAAUUUAGUGUUCAAAAAUAGUCUUAGUAGUGGUUUUGGUGGCAAGUGUUUUAUUGUAUAAAUUGCACUAUUUUUUCCUUGAGAGUUCUUCAUAUGGAAGUAAUGAAUAAAGGCUAUAAAGCUCACAAAAACAAGUCUUGUAGAUGGCUCUAGUUGUUAUUUGUGGUCAGCCUUGCAGUGGGAUCACAGCCGCGGCCUGCUUGGUUGAAGCCCUUCAAGAAACAGAAUCUAAGCCAUCAGCUCGGAUUGUUGAUGAAUCUUCAUUUCACCUUACACGGAACGAAGACUAUGCUAACAUGCCAUCAGAAAAGAAUUUAAGGGGAGUAUUGAGAUCCGAAGUUGAUAGGUCGUUGUCUAGAGACAAUAUUAUUAUAGUGGAUUCUUUGAACAGCAUAAAGGGGUACAAAUACGAGCUAUGGUGUCUGGCUCGGGCAGCUGGUACAAGAUAUUGUGUCGUGCAUUGUGAUAUUGAAGAGACAUACUAUCGGAAAUGGAAUGAAGAACGGAGGGAGAAAUCAGAGGCGAAUUAUGAUGAUAAAAUAUUUGAAGAUCUGGUUAGAAGGUUUGAGAGGCCGGACAACAGAAACCGUUGGGAUUCACCGUUGUUUGAGCUACGGCCCUCCCGAGAUGGGAUUGAAAUAUCGUAUGCUGCCAUAGUGGAUGCUGUGACAUACCUGACAAAAAGAGUAGACUCGAAAACCAAGGAUGUUAAAGUGUUGCAGCCCACUAUGGCAACACAGGGUGCACGGCUAACAGAGGCGAAUUCUCUCUACGAGUUAGAUAGAGCAACACUGUCUCACCCCAAUUCUUGA